GGGUCUUUUUGUGAUUUCAUUUAGUCUUUUGUGAAGCAAAUGAGGCCAGUCGUGUUGGCAGUCGUCCUACCAACAAACCUCUGCGCAGAGUUCAGAUCGUUUGGUGUGGACGCUUGAUUCCAGACGACAGGUGAUACCUGCAACCACAAAGACAAAACGGGGUGGGUGGGUUGUGGAAAGUGAGAGCUCCCUCUGACAAAAAAAAUGAAAUGACAAUAAGAGGUGGAGCAAGAGCAAAGGAGGAGGAAUAAAACUGAGAGGUGAAAAGGGCGGGGCGCUGAGAAGAGAGCUAUAAAUCAAUAGUGUUAGUUUUCCUGAGCUGAUCAUCACCGUUCCUCUGACGCUGAUAUUUAGCUCCAACAUGCGAGUUGUUGUGCUGCUCUGCCUGCUGUGUGUCUCUGCGAACGGCCAGUAUGACUGGGACGGACCUGGACGUGUCGCUCCGGAUUCUGGCAGCAAUGACGGCAACGCCUGCAACGUGGACCAGGCGUCCUGUGGAUGCUGCCUCAUGCUGCAAGAGAUGAACCGCCUCAAGACGUACUUUGACACAACUCUGACUGACCUCGAGGAGGAUUUUAGAAAGACAAACCAAAGUCUGAGCACACUCAAAGCUAAACGCGCCUCCUUCACUGCUGCUCUGUACACUGGAGAUAAUUUCAGAUGUUUCGGGCCUUUUGCCACCAACAGCGUCAUCGUCUACAAAAACGUCUUCCUUAACCUUGGCGCGGCCUACAGCACGGAAACCGGACUCUUCACCGUCCCCUUCUCUGGCGUCUACAGCCUGGCCGUCACCUCCUACAGUGACUCCGGCUCUCCCGGUUUCACGCUGGCGAUAUGCUCCAGUCUGCAGGUCAACGGCAAAACAGUGGCAGCAGCCAAAGACUUCAACACGAACGACAAGGAGGACAGCACCACCAUCGUCGUGGCGCUGCAGCUGACGGCUGGAGACAAAGUGUCGGUCAGCCUGGCCAAAGGCUGCUUCCUGUGUGACGACAACAGCCACUACAACACCUUCAGCGCCUUCCUGCUCCACACCACUGAAUGAGGCUGCCCUGCUGCUUUCAGCCCCCGCCUCUGAACUAGUUUAAGUCCAUUGUGUUUGUUAUGUUCUAACUAAACCCAGAGUCAUCUAUGUUUUAUAACUUCCAUUCCUCUGAAAAAAAUGAAAAAAAUAUAAUAAAUGAAAUAAAAUCAAGAAUUUUAGCAAAACCAUUUUAUUUUUAAAGCCAAUAAGCUAUGUAACAUCUCUGCUGUUGACCUUAAUAAAGUAAUAAAACGUGACUUGAUUUGCUGUCAA